UCGAGAUUUGACAACGGUGCUCAAAAUGCAAAAAAAGAAGGAAUUUUAGCCUGCAGUUGAUUUCUAGCUCGAGUGCAUCCACUAGUGGUUCAGUUACCGUCGUAUUUUCAAUUCUAAUUGUCCAGAUAACCACUUGAAAUCAAAGAACAAUGGGCAAUGAAAGUUCACUUCCCAUGGAGAUGUGCUCAAACUUUGAUGCUGAUGAAAUCCGUAGAUUGGGAAAGCGUUUUCGGAAACUAGAUCUUGACAACUCUGGUUCUCUCAGUGUGGAUGAGUUUAUGUCUUUGCCGGAACUUCAGCAAAAUCCAUUGGUUCAGAGAGUUAUUGACAUAUUUGAUCAAGAUGGCAAUGGAGAAGUUGAUUUCAAAGAGUUCAUUCAAGGUGUAUCACAGUUCAGUGUCAAGGGAGACAAGGAGUCAAAGCUUCGUUUUGCUUUCCGUAUAUAUGAUAUGGACAAUGAUGGUGCCAUUUCAAAUGGCGAACUCUUUCAAGUGUUAAAAAUGAUGGUGGGCAACAACUUGAAGGACACCCAAUUGCAGCAGAUAGUUGAUAAAACUAUUCUCUUCGCCGACAAGGACGAAGAUGGAAAAAUCUCAUUCGAAGAAUUUUGUGCCGUUGUUGGAAACACAGACGUUCAUAAAAAAAUGGUCGUUGACGUAUAGAAGAAGCUAUACAACACCAAACGAUAUUUUUCAUGCCUGGCACGUGUUGCACUGAGAGUUUCCUGUGGUUCAGCAAGAGUUUUUUUUACUGCGUGUCAUAUCGUCUUCGUGUUGCAUGAGUUAACUUCGAUUGGAUUGUUCAUUUGCCCACUAGUUCUAGCAGGCGGGUCGUCCGGAAUUAUUAUCACAAUUUUUUUAAAUUGCUAUUAUUAUUGUAAGCGGCCACCGUCUGCGGGUGGUUUCCCGGAAAGAAACCACUCUAUUUUUGCGCGCGCGUCUGGUCCCUUAGGUUGUGUCUAGAGCGAAUUUCGACUUUAUCGUUUAAAGUACUGUUUGCCUGCAUUUUCGUAUUUACUUUUUUCUGUUGUGUAUUUCAAAUUGAAAUUUAUAAUUAUUUUCCAAUCACCAUGAAACCAGUCGAUCCUCUUUCUGCUCUUCACGCCCGCUUUGACCCGGUUGGCUUUUUUUGAGUGUUAUAAAAAAAAUAGUCGGUGUAUGGAAUUUUCUAUCCCGUCCUUCAUGACUUCAAAUUUUCUUUUUCAAAAUAAAGAUUUUUUUAACCUGA